AUAUCUACCAUCAGAGGUAUCCAUUCUUAUAAUGAGUGAGUUUAUCAUGGUGAAACUUACACGUUUGAUGAUAUUUCAUUUAUACCACCAUGUGGAAUGCAAAAGAAAUUGCAAAAUCGAGGUUCACGUACGUCUGUUCUGUCUCUGUCAAAUUAAAUUUGGUUUCGAAAGGAGCUUGGAGUUUUCGGGAGACAUUUUUCAAUUUUUUUAAAAAAGAUUCGCGUUUAUUUUGUGAGUCUUUUGGUUUAUCCGGCAAUAUUGACUAUUGCACAACACAUUUCAAUAAUUGAAAAUGUCUUCAAGCACCUGUUAUAAGUGCCAGCGACCUGGUCAUUUCGCAAGGGAAUGUCCCCAAGAUGGUGGUGGCGGUGGCCGACGUGAAGGAGGUGGACGAGAUGGUGGCGGCGGUGGACGUCGUGGUGACUAUGGCCGUAACCGUGAAAAGUGUUACAAAUGUAACCAGAUCGGCCAUUUCGCUCGCGAAUGCAAGGAAGAUGCUGAUCGCUGUUAUCGUUGCAAUGGGACUGGUCACAUUGCUCGUGACUGCAGCCAGUCGCCGGACGAACCGUCUUGCUAUACAUGCAACCGAACCGGUCAUUUGGCACGUAACUGUCCAGACGCUCCGAGUCGUGGUGGAGAACGUGACCGCGGAGAUCGCGGUGAUCGUGGAGAUCGCGACAAUGAUCGAAACAUGUCUUGUUACACUUGUAACAAGAGCGGUCACAUUUCACGCAACUGUCCAGAUGGCGCCAAGUCUUGCUACAACUGUGGCAACAAGGGACAUCUCAGUCGUGAAUGUACCCAGAAUGGUGGCCGAAAUUAAGAAGUAAACAUUCAUAAUGCCAGCAUUAUAACCAUUUUUCGUAAAACAAAAAUAAUAAAAAAAAGAAAAAACAAAAACAAAUCGUAAAUUAAACGGAGCAACAAAUUGGCAUGACCGAUAUCACAUUGGUUCUCUUCGUUGAGUAAUAUUUAUUUCAUCUUCCCAGUUUGUUCACAUUCAAAUUGCUGUUCCGUUUAAUUUAUUUUGCAUUGUAUGUGUUCAACAUACACCGUAACAUUUAAAAAAAAAAUGGGGAAAAAAAUUGAAGAAUUGGAGAUAGUUUAAGUUUAUCGAUUAGGGCUUUUUAUUUUAAUGGAAACGAGAAGAGAAUGAUUUAUUACACUCACUCGCCAUCUAAAAUGUACUAACCUGUUGGAUUGAAUUUAUUAAAACAAUUUUGUACA